AUGCAGCCCGCGCUGAAUCCAGAUCUGCGGUAUCCCGAUUACGUAUUCCUAAAUCGCUGGGCCAUUCGAAAUCAUAAGAUACAGCGUGGCGACAUAGUGUGCGUCGUGUCUCCGAAGGUGCCAAAUCAAACCCUGAUCAAGAGAGUCAUCGGACUUGCCGGGGAUAUUAUAGGCACGCAUGGAUACAAAAUCAGUGCUCUUCAAGUAUGGAUUUCAUGUAUAGAAGUAAUUAGUAAUUUGGAUGUAUACCAGAAGGUCAUUGCUGGUUGGAAGGAGAUCACAUUGGGCAUUCUAUGGAUUCUAAUACCUUUGGGCCAAUAUCUCUGGGUCUGGUAA